AUGGGUGGAUUACAUCAAAAACCUGACAAGGAACUACCAUCAGAUCUCAAGUCUUAUUUAGAUUCGUCGCAGAAUGGAGUAAUUUACAUAAGUUUUGGCACAAACGUAGACCCUUCUCUUUUACCACCUGAAAUAAUACAAACUUUGGUAAACGCAUUCUCAAAAUUACCUUACGAUAUUUUAUGGAAAUGGAAUAAAGAUGAAUUGCCUGGACGCACUAGCAACAUAAGAAUCUCUAAAUGGCUGCCACAGUCUGAUUUACUCAAACAUCCAAAAAUCAAGUUAUUUAUAACACAAGGAGGACUACAAUCGACAGACGAAGCAAUAACAGCUGGAGUGCCACUGAUUGGAAUGCCUAUGUUGGGGGAUCAGUGGUUCAAUGUAGAAAGAUAUGAGUACCAUAAAAUUGGGAUUAGGAUUGAUAUGAAGAUUCUUACUGCGGAAAAAUUGAUCAAGGCGAUCAACACUGUAAUUGGAGAUGACAGUUACCGUCGUAAUACCGAAUUAGACCCAUACCCCCAACUGUUGUAUACAUGGGUGGAUUGCACCAAAAACCUGACAAAGAACUACCAACAGAUCUAA